UAUUUGGAAUUAGAGAGUUGACACAAAUGGGUCUAAGAGCACUCCCUCUUCAACACAGCGGUGGGUUCAUCUCCACAACCAAAGUCCCGAUCUCAAGAACCUCGACAAGAAUAAGCCAGAAACCUAGAUGGGUCGUCGUGUCAGCAAAGCAAGAGAAAGAUGAAGAGAAGAAGAAGGAAGACGAGACUUCAUUGUUUACUAGACUAACCGAUGCGUUGGAUUUCGCACAGGUUCGGUCGGAGAAAGACGCUGAGCUUCUCUACGAGGCCCGUGAAGCCACCAAAUCCGGUGGCAAGAUGAACAAAGAACAGUAUGGGGCAUUGAGAAGAAAAAUAGGAGGAACAUACAAGGACUUCUUUAAAUCAUACGUUGAAGUGGAUGGAGAAUAUGUGGAGGAAGGAUGGGUCGACAAAACGUGUAAGGUAUGCAAAAAGGACACCAAGGGUGAGGCAAGACAAGUGGACAGGUCAGGGAGAUAUGUUCAUGUCUCAUGUCUUCAGAAUCCUUCAAAACCUUCUGGAAAUUUCUUCACCAGACUCUUCUCUAAAUGAUUAAUUUCCAAAAUCAUAUACAUGAAUGCGCUUUUUCUGUUUUUAUUCUUGAAAAUUUUAUCUUAUAGAAACUGAAAUUUACUUAA